AUGGCCAACUUCGCACCCGAACCCCCCGGCCGUCUAAUUUCUCACUUCACGGACCGGUCCCGGGCUCAACAGGGCGAUGGGUGGGACUCGCUUUGGGAGUCUGAUGAAAACCAUCUCUGGGACCGGGGGAUGCCGUCUCCUGCAUUAAUCGACUUCCUUGAAUCCAAGCAGGACCUCCUGCAGACUCCUUCGGGAAGACGACUUUGUGCCCUUGUACCUGUACGAAAUCCCCCCGUCCAAUGGGACUAUGCAGCCGGGGAACUGGCUGAACCGCAGGAUUACAACUUUGGGAGCAACGGCCGGCCGAGUGGCCAGCCUGGCCGGGUUAGAAUUAUCGCUGGCGACUUUUUUGUCCGCGACUGGGAACAGACUCUGGCCCAGGACGGAGUCGAAGGCUUUGACCUCAUUUACGACUACACGUUCCUCUGUGCUCUGUUGCCAGAAAUGCGAAGGGACUGGGGCCGCCGUAUGAGAGAGCUCGUUGCCCCAACCGGUAUACUGGUGUGUCUCGAGUUUCCCAUGUAUAAAGACCUCAAAGCUGUAGGUCCCCCUUGGGGCCUUAAUGGCGUUUAUUGGAACAUUCUAGCAGAGGGCAAAGAUGGAGUUAUUGAAGAGACUGGAGAGGAGACCGGGGCAGAGAAUGGCCCAUUCAAGCGGGUUAUGUAUUUCAAACCGCCUAGAUCUUAUGAGGCCGGUAGAGGCACUGACAUGGUUAGUGUUUGGAAGCCUCAAUAG